UCAAAGUGUAGUGUCUGUUCUUAUCAGCUUAAUUCUGUUUAAUGGACACCUGCACACCCCUGUCCUGAUGAUAGAAUCUCCUGUGGCUAUUUUUGAAAAAAUUGAUGCUGUCCUAGAGAUUUAUUUUUCUUCUGAGGCUGCUUUGCAUACAGAUACAGCUGAUUUGCAUAUGUACUGUUCUGAUGCUACUUUGGAGGAAAAUUCUCCCUCUCUUUCUUCUACAGACACACUAUUGUGGAUAGCUGCUGCUCCUGCGCACUCCAGUGCCAGGAAAACCCAGCAGAACCCUGCUCCAAAGACCCGAGCCACCAGCAAGGAUGGAAACACCAGAAGCCAGCGGAAAAAAAACCCCACUGGACACCUCCUCUGGAAAAAUAAGCAGCAGAAAACCAGCUCUUCGAGACCCCACUUCCAGAAGGAAGGAGGUGACUACAGCUUCCCUGAGGAGGGGCACCAGAAGAACCUCACCUGCUCCUCCGGUCCAGGAUACUGAACACCGGCCUACUGCUCCCGAAACGGACGAUACUGGAGGAGUCCCCCCGAGGAUCCAGGUCCAGGAUGCUAAUCGUCCCCCCGCUGGGAAGGAUGCUGCUGGAGGAGCCCCCCCAUCGACCAAGAACCAGGACUCUGAUGGCCCCCCCGCUGGGAAGGAUGCUGCCGGAGGAGCCCCCGCAACAACUGAGGACCAAGACGCUGCUCACAGCCCCACCUGGAGGGAUGACCAGCAGCUGCGGGGAGGCUACCUGUCUAUACACCUACCCUGGGAAGACUCGUCUGCGGAGCACCAGCAGCUGCAGAGAGACUACCCCCCGCUGCCGGAGGAGGAGAUCCCCACUAACCAACUGCUGCCCGGGUCGAACAUCAGAAGUGCGCCCCUUCACGACCACGCCGCUCCAGAUCCCACAAGACCUCCCCGCCGCCCACCGGCCACCCCAGCCGCCAAGAGACGCCUCCCCCGUCCUCCUGCGCUCGCAGAUCACGCCCCCCACACCCCAGCAGCUACGAGAUGACUCCCCUGCUCCACUGCGGUCGCCGGACACACCUGCUGCACCCAGCACCGCACGCCGCCGAGGAGUAAAUCCCCCGACCCGCUACAGUACACCUGCACCCCCCAGGAACUCCAGCCGCCGGGGGGAAUCCUCAGUGCUCCUGAGACUCAGCUACCACCGAAGGACGCUGCCCCCCUCGCCAGCUGUGCACCAGAAAAUGACCAGGAAGGCCCCAACGCCCCACAAGAUGGCUGCUUCGCCCCAGACACCAUCUACCUCCAAUACCCCCUCACUGCAGAUGCGCUCAUCUGCCCCAUCUGCCUGCCGCCUCGACGCUUUCAUCUCCUCGGAGGGGUCACCAGACACCUGAAGAGGUGCC